CAUUCUUCGCUUUUGGGGCCUGUCAGCGGUGCGCAGUGCUUUAUUGCGUUUGUCAUUUAGGUUCAAAAUCGUUGGGGAAGUGCGCAGUUAAAGGACAAAGUGCUGUUUUUGUGUGUGAUUUUCUGUUAUUCGUGAUUACGCUGGCGAGAUACCAGGGAUCAUGAAGGUGUUCGCAGUUCUUGUUGCUUUCUUCGUUGCUGUUGCUACGGCACACGAAUCCUGCUACUCACAAGUCGAUCAGGCAUGUUCCAAGAUUAAUAGCAAACCUGGUUUGGACCAAGAGCUUAUACCAUGCAACGCCACUUACGGCCACAUAAACAUCGUAACAAAGGACCUCAUCAACUUCGCUAAUACCCACAUUGUGCGCUCAUUUGAAUAUCUUUUGAUGGCGACUCAUUACGGCAAUUAUCAGAUGAACAGAGCUGGUUUCGAGAAACUCUUCCGCGAAUUGUCCGAUUCCAAAUGGCACGAAGCUAUCGAACUCAUUGAACAAAUAACCACUCGUGGUGGAGUAAUGGAAUUCGUGCCGCCGAAAGCAUUGAAUGGAAUUGAGAAAACUAAUAAUGUUUACCAAUUGUACGAAAUUCAAAGUGUCGCCAAAGCUUUAGAUAUGGAAAAACAAUUAGCACUUGAAGCUUUCAACAUCCACAAAGAGGCGAGUGGAAGGAGUGAGGGUAAACACGAUCCUGAAAUUUCUUCGUACAUCGAAAAAGAAUUCGUGCACGAUCAUGCCAAGACUAUCCGAAAACUAGCAGGAUAUGUUACCGAUUUGAAAUCGAUUCUUAGCGGACCUGAUGGGUCUUUGGGAUUGUUCCUGUUUGAUGAAUAUCUUCAAAAACAGUAAUUUCCGUUUUGAUUUUGUGUAGAAAGCAAGUUAAUUCAUUUUUAUUAAUAAUGUGUUUAUAUAGACCCAAUCAUUGUGAUAGGAAUCAACAUUUUUUAUUGUAAACUAUGUUACUUAUGAGUAAAUAUUACUAUUUCCAAAUAAAUUUUUGUUAAUUUUG